CCACGACAUGAUAGUGCUGUGGCGACGGGCACUUCAGAGGUUGAUGUGAACGGGACAGUGCCAUGGCGCAGCAAACACAAUCACCAAAGUCGUCGUUAGUUGGACAAAGCAUAUGCACAUCAUAUAGUCAAGAUCAGUCCCAAUCCUUGUACUACUCUCAGGACAAAUCCCAAUCUGUAAAGCAUCUUUUAGAAUGCCUACCGCUAUCACAGGAAAGCGAAAGGCCCCUUCUAGCAACCCUGGCUGAUAUAGCUGAUGCUCUCGCUAUUGACGAUUUGUCGUUUUCGCAUUUCGCAACUGCGAUCUCCGAGCUGUCCUCACAAGAAGUCUCUACCAGGCGUUCAUCUCUGCACAUGCGGCAUGCACGGGAUGAGCUUUCUAUGCACCUAGCAAUAGCUCAGCAUGAGGAGAUGCUCAUCAAACGAUGGUUGGAAGUCUUGCAGGCGGAACCCAACGCACAAGAUGGCACGUCCGCGUUGGAAAAGCGGAAGCAGGCGCUGCAUGCAAAGGCAAUGGAAUACAAGCGCGAGACAGACUCUUUGAAGCAACAACUGCCACAGGACCCGCCUUGUACGAUCUCAGAACUCUCUGCAUUCCAGAAACAAUUGAAAGACAAAGAGAACACGCUCGCAGAAAAACGUAGGAAAGUGGAAGCAUUCCAGGGUCUUCCCGCGAACAUUGAGCUUGCGCGUCAUGAGCUACGCAUUGCUAGAGACGAGCAAAUGAAACUCAUCCAGUUGAGGGAGAGACUAUUGGACCGCAUGGCAGUUGGAAUGUCUUGAUGGCCUCGCGUCUCCCGUUAAUCCACCGCAUCUUGUCAUCAGGGGGUCCCGCUGCAUGACAUCACAAGGCCUGAGUUUACCUUACUCUGAAGACGAGUUUUGUGACAAUGGCGGAUGUUUUCACCAUGGAUAUCUAUAUCAGGAUUCGGGACUCGCUGUUUUGACACGUCAAUGCUAGCUAGGACCAAAGGCCUCUGAAGAAUAAUUCUCG